CUAGAUGGGAGCUGUCGGCUCGAGCAGGAAGCAGACGGAUGUUCUGGUAGGAAGCCUUAACAACAAAGAGGAGGAGGAGUGGGUGCCCGGGUUUUUAACCUGCUUAAACUGAAUUUUAAAGUACGUACACCACAUUUGUUGUAGGUGAAUGAGGUUUGUUUGCAUGUGAGGGCAAGUGUCAACUGAGCCAACAUGGCAAACAACACAGAGGAUGUUGAAAACAACAUGGACCAACAACAGGUGAACACGAGCCCAGAACCCAUCCUGCAACCCAUGGAGGCACCGGUGACAACAGCGAGGUCCAGGGGAGGCUCUGGUGCUGGAGCAGAUGAUGGGGGAGGUGGCAGUGGCAAUGGUACCAGCACCGAGCAGAACGGCCAGCCCCCCUCCACUCGUCCUGCUCAAAUUGUGGAGAGCGAAGAGGAAGAGGAUGAGGAGAUGACCUUGAAAUACGGGGCCAAGCACGUCAUCAUGCUCUUUGUUCCAGUGACACUGUGCAUGGUGGUGGUUGUGGCAACCAUAAAAUCAGUCAGCUUCUACACAAGGAAUGACGGACAGAGACUGAUCUACACACCCUUCCCUGAAGAGACAGACACAGUAGCACAGCGAGCUGUCAACUCCAUCCUGAACGCCACCAUCAUGAUUACUGUGAUCAUCGUCAUGACUUUGGUGCUGGUGCUGUUAUACAAGUACCGCUGCUACAAGGUGAUCCAAGGCUGGCUAUUUCUCUCCUCCCUCCUCUUGCUCUUCUUCUUUUCCUUCAUCUACCUCCAAGAGGUUUUCAAAACUUACAACGUGGCCAUGGACUACUUCACCCUGGCCAUAGUAGUGUGGAAUUUCGGAGUGGUUGGCAUGAUAUGUAUUCACUGGAAAGGACCUCUGCGGCUGCAACAGGCAUACCUCAUCAUGAUUAGCGCCCUGAUGGCCCUGGUUUUCAUCAAAUACCUGCCAGAAUGGACCGCCUGGCUCAUAUUGGCCGUCAUAUCUGUUUAUGAUCUGUUGGCAGUGCUCUGUCCUAAAGGACCACUGAGGAUCCUCGUAGAGACAGCCCAGGAGAGAAAUGAACCCAUAUUUCCAGCUCUCAUCUAUUCAUCUACAAUGGUAUGGCUCGUCAACAUGGCAGACACUGACAAGCCAAAGAGGAACUCAACAGAAGCAGCUUCACCUCAACAACAGACUCAAGAAUCAGCCGUAGAGUCUCCGGCCCCCUCAAGUCCCUCGCAGGAUGAUGGGGGCUUCACCUCCUCCUGGGUCACUCAGCAGCAGCACCAGCUAGGGCCCCUCCAGACCACUGAGGAGACCAGACGGGAGAUCCAGCAGAUGCCCUCUGCUCGUCCACCUGUGGAAGAUGACGAUGAGGAGAGGGGCGUCAAGCUGGGGCUCGGAGACUUCAUCUUCUACAGCAUGCUGGUGGGAAAGGCCUCAGCCGCAGCCAGUGGCGAUUGGAACACCACGCUCGCCUGCUUCGUAGCCAUCCUCAUCGGCCUGUGUCUGACCCUGCUCCUGCUUGCCAUCUUCAGGAAAGCACUCCCCGCUCUGCCCAUCUCCAUCUUUUUUGGCUUGGUCUUCUACUUUGCAACAGAUAACUUGGUGCGGCCCUUCAUGGACAAGCUGGCGCUACACCAGUUUUACAUUUAGCAGGACGCCCCCCUUCCUCAGCCACACCGGCCCCAUCCAGCCAACAGCACGAGAGCACUCCCUUUUUGGCCAGGAGAACAAAGGAACACCUCCUCCUUGAAGCCUCAUGAUGCUGGCACACCAGCUGUUUUGACUCUGCCUUCUUUCCUGGUACCGAGAUAAGAUAUUCUCUACAACGGCUGUUCUUAAAUGUUUUAUUUCCCUUUUAAACCAAGAAAUGACAUUUUUCAGCCAGAGGGAGACCUGGUCUUCAGUUUGUCCGGCAUCCAUUGGGCUCAGGCACAGACUGAAGUGGGAAUAUUUUAUCCCGAUUUAGGCCAGGAAGCUCUUUUUUUUUCCAUUUACACACAUUCAUCAACCACAAUCCAAUCUGAAAGGGGCUUUACAGCAGGUGCCUUCCUCAGAGACACCUACAUGGUAGCUGUUCAAAGAAGCGGGAGUAUUCUCUUACAUCCCCCUUUAAAGUUUAUAGCAGAAAUUCCUCUCUGGUCCAUUUUUAUUACAACUCGAGCUCUAAACCCUUAUAGUACCUUCAUUACAUUAACAGACAUACAGAUGGUGACACUGCUAAUAGAUAAAAAUGUGUAGUUAGAAUGUGAAUGAGAUGUCGGCGUGUGUUUUGCUCACUGCUGUUGAAGACUGGUAAAUAUUAACUGUAUUAUUUUCAUUUCUGCAGAAACAAAUAUGACUGAUUUACACCCACAAAGAUCAAUUCUUCUUUGAACGAGAAGCCGAUCUUUCCUAUGAUGAAAGUGGGACUUUUUUCUUGACACAAUUGGAAGCGAAUUCUGAGUUAAAUUGGGAGACUUCUCCACGUUUUCCGCCCUCACAUUCACAUUUCAGAAUUCACAGCUCGACGAGGGGAGGCAAGGACAUGCAGCGACGAGAAACGUUCGCCACCGAGCAGUUCUAUUGGAGCAAUCUGAGGGUUCAGUGCCUUGUUCAAGGGCAUUUCAGUAGUUCUUCUUGUAAUAACUGUGUGACCGACAUGUUUUGUUUGUUUGUUUGAUCCCCCCUCCUAAUCUGUCCAGGGAUUGUAACCUGUGAUCAUUUGGUCACAAACUCUGAACCUUUAGGCAACAGCUGCCCUCAUGAUGCUCGCCUGGUGCUGUUUGGAUCUAUGCUACAACCAACCCUGAACUUACUGCGUCACACCGAUGCUGUUGGGAUUUCUUUUUCUCUUUCAUUGUGCUGAAAAGAAAAUGUUUGAAACCUGUUUUUUUUUUGUUUUUUUUUCUGGGGAAAGUGUUUAGACAUCUAAAUUUGUAUGCUAGUAUACAGUGUUGGGCACUGCUAAAUAGGAGUAAACAGUUUUGAGGAAAACUUCCCAGUUUCAUUGUGCAUUAGAAGCUGUUAUGGCCAUUAAAAAAAAGAUAAAAACAAACCAAACCUAAAAGAUGAAGUUUGGUUGAAUUAAAUACAGGCUGUGUGAAUAAAAUAAUUAAUAUUGAAUCUAAAGGAGGACCAGCUGCACUGAUUGCUUGUUUGUUGUUGCACCCCAGAGGGAACAAUAUACUCAUAUUUGUUUUGAGGUAGCUUUUAUUCUCCUUUGUUUUUAGGGAAACUGUUGGGUGACUGGCUUACUUUUGUUUCCUUCACAUACAUAUAUGUGUUAUGCAAGGUUGUUCCGAUUCAGAUUUUGUUCUUUUUUUUAAUAAACGGUGAACCAUGAAAUAUUUUUUUACACUUGUUGAUUUUUGUUACUUAUCAUGCAGGGGUAAUUUUUCUAAUGGCAAAACAAGAGGUGUUAAUAAAAAAAAAAGUAAAUUAAUAAAAUGUUUUAAAGCUA